AUGUCUGUGACACUCCAUACCACCGUCGGUGACAUCAAAAUCGAGGUCUUCUGCGAAUCCGUCCCCAAAACAGCAGAAAACUUUUUGGCCCUCUGUGCCUCUGGGUCUUACGACGCCUCUCCUUUCCACCGCUCCCUCCCAUCCUUCAUGGUUCAGACCGGCUCCCCCGCAUCCGCCUCCGCAAAAGUCAGCACUUCAAUCUGGGGCACGGAUUUCGAAGAUGAGAUCCGCCCAUCCUUGCGACAUAAUGCGCGUGGAAUAGUGGCAAUGGCGAACAAAGGGUCAAACACGAAUGGCAGUCAGUUCUUCAUCACGUAUGGAUCUGCGCCGCAUCUAGAUGGGAAGAAUACAGUGUUUGGAAGGGUGAUUGGUGAUGAAGGGAUGGUGACUUUGCAGAAGCUAGAAGCGAAGGAGGUGGAUAAGAAGGGAAGGAUGCAGGGCGAUAUAGUGAGGAUUGAGAGGGUAACGAUGCAUGCGAAUCCCAUUGCUGGAUGA